AUGAAGUCGACAUUUUCUCAAUCAUUGGAAGCAAUUUCGCGACAACGCAGCUUUGCUUGUCUAUCACUGAAGUUUGGAAGUUUGUUUUCUGGGCUAGCGAUUAUCUUAUAUUCGAUAUUUGCGUUGGCGCACUGUUUCUUGUCGUUUGGAAAACUUCCAGCAGAGUUCAACACAAGUGAUUUCAAUAUCGUAUUUGCGUAUAGCGUGGUUGCUGGCCUUACCUUCACGCACGCUUUUACCCUGUUCCUGAGUGCUUUAUUGCUAGUUGGAGUUAUAAGAGAAAAACUACCGCUAAUACGGCCAUGGAUCGUUUGGACGUCUAUUCAAGUAUGUCUGUCUGUGAUUAUGUUCGUCUUAUGGAGUACCAUGAGUCUUGUCACGCAUGAAGGAAGCGGGUCAUUGCUACUAUAUGUCGUCGACUUUUUAGUGCUUAUGGUCCGUUUCUACAUGCUGAUGAUAGUAGCAAGCUUCUACAAGCAAGUGGAGGAAUCUGGUGGGGAAACUGAAAGGUUAAAAACCGUAAACUUGGAGAACUGGUACACAGCGUAA